AUGGAAUACUUGCCUUCAUCAGAUGCAUCAGUUGUCGGCUGUGGUGGCCCGGAGGUCGACUGUGGUGCCUCUGAGGUAGACUGUUGUGCCCCGGAGGUCGACUGUGGUGCCCCAGAGUUCGGUUCUGGUGCCCCGGAGGUCGACUGUGGUGACCCUGAGGUCGACUGUUGUGCCCCAGAGGUCGACUGUGGUGCCCCGGAGGUCGGUUGUGGUGCCCCGGAGGUCGACUGUGGUGACCCUGAGGUCGACUGUUGUGCCCCAGAGGUCGACUGUGGUGAUCCUGUGGUCGACUGUUGUGCCCCUGAGGUCGACUGUGAUGCCCCGGAGGUAGACUGUUGUGCCCGGGAGGACGACUGUGGUGCACCGGAGUUCGGUUCUGGUGCCCCUGAGGUCGACUGUGGUGACCCUGAGGUCGACUGUUGUGCCCUUGAGGUCGACUGUGGUGUCCCGGAGGUCGAUUGUGGUGCCCCGGAGGUCGACUGUGGUGACCCUGAGGUCGACUGUUGUGCCCUUGAGGUCGACUGUGGUGUCCCGGAGGUCGGUUGUGGUGCCCCGGAGGUCGACUGUGGUGCCCCUGAUGUCGACUGUGGUUCCCCUAAGGUCGACUGCGGUGCCCCAGAGGUCGACAGUAGUGCCCCUGAGGUUGACUGUGGUGCCCCUGAGGUCGACUGUGGUGCCCCUGAAGUUGACUGUGGUGCACUUGAGGUCGGCAGUGAUGCCCCUGAGGUGCGCAGUGAUGCCCCUGAGGUCGACUGUGGUGCCCCUGAGGUCGACUUUGGUGCCCCUGAGGUCGACUGUGGUGCCCCUGAGGUCGGCAGUGAUGCCCCUGAGGUCGACUGUGGUGCCCCUGAUGUCGACUGUGGUGCCCCUGAUGUCGACUGUGUUGCCCCUGAGGUCGACUCUGGUGCCCCGGAGGUCGGUUCUGGUGCCCCGGAGCUGGCCUUUGGUGCUGCAGAAGUCGGCUGUGGUGCCCCUGUAGUCGACUGUUGUGCCCCUGAUGUCGACUGUGUUGCCCCUGAGGUCGACUCUGGUGCCCCGGAGGUCGGUUGUGGUGCCCCGGAGCUGGUCUCUGGUGCUGCAGAAGUCGGCUGUGGUGGUCCUUGGGUCGACUGUGGUGCCCCUGAAGUCGACUGUGGUGCCUCUGAGGUCGACUGUGGUGCCCCUGAAGUUGACUGUGGUGCACUUGAGGUCGGCAGUGAUGCCCCUGAGGUGCGCAGUGAUGCCCCUGAGGUCGACUGUGGUGCCCCUGAGGUCGACUUUGGUGCCCCUGAGGUUGACUGUGGUGCCCCUGAGGUCGGCAGUGAUGCCCCUGAGGUCGACUGUGGUGCCCCUGAUGUCGACUGUGGUGCCCCUGAUGUCGACUGUGUUGCCCCUGAGGUCGACUCUGGUGCCCCGGAGGUCGGUUCUGGUGCCCCGGAGCUGGCCUUUGGUGCUGCAGAAGUCGGCUGUGGUGCCCCUGUAGUCGACUGUGGUGCCCCUGAUGUCGACUGUGUUGCCCCUGAGGUCGACUCUGGUGCCCCGGAGGUCGGUUGUGGUGCCCCGGAGCUGGUCUCUGGUGCUGCAGAAGUCGGCUGUGGUGGUCCUUGGGUCGACUGUGGUGCCCCUGAAGUCGACUGUGGUGCCCCUGAGGUCGACUGUGGUUGUGGUGCCCCGGAGCUGGUCUCUGGUGCUGCAGAAUUCCGCUGUGGUGGUCCUUGGGUCGACUGUGGUGCCCCUGAGGUCGACUCUGGUGCCUCUGAGAUCGGUUCUGGUACCCCUGAGGUCGACUCUGGUGCCCCUGAGGUCGACUCUGGUGCCCCGGAGGUUCCUCAGUGGUAG